AACGUGAUGACGGCCUGGUCUAUGGUGGAGAAGUUGAAAAUGGAGAAGAGGCAUUCCAAAGAAGAGAGGAAUGUGGAACAGGAUGCUGGGGACUGCAGUGCUGAAUCUGAGGAAUGGACAAGCUCAGAAAGUGAGCCUGAACAACAAUGCUUCAAGAACAGCUGUAGCAAUAUUCAGUGGAGGGAAAAGGAAAUUUCUACUAAACCACAUAGGCAACUCUGUCGCUCUCCUUGCCUGGAUCGUCCAAGUUUCUCACAGAGCAGUAUCCUUCAGGACUUGAAACUGGAAGAGUGUAAAAUAAACUUGGACAAGGAAUACCAGGCUAAAAUGGAUUUUGCUUUAAAGCUUGGGUAUGCUGGAGAACAGAUCCAGGCAGUGCUGAACAAGUUGGGAGCAGAUGCUCUUAUCAAUGAUAUUUUGGCAGAACUCGUGAGACUUGGCAACAAGGGUGAAUCAGAGGGACAAGGCAGUGUCGGCAGUAGUAGUGGUACUCUGGUGCCCAGGGGUCCUUGCCCAAAGGAAAUGGCCAGCCCUGAACUGUCACUUGAAGAUGAAGUAGUGGAUAACACUGACAACUUAAGACCAAUUGUCAUUGAUGGAAGUAACGUGGCUAUGAGCCAUGGGAAUAAAGAAGAAUUUUCCUGUCGGGGAAUUCAGCUAGCUGUUGAGUGGUUUCUGGAGAAAGGACAUAAAGAUAUCACUGUUUUUGUACCUGCGUGGAGAAAAGAGCAGUCUCGACCUGAUGCACCAAUUACAGAUCAAGAAAUUUUACGUAAAUUGGAGAAAGAAAAAAUUCUUGUCUUCACCCCAUCUCGGCGAGUUCAGGGAAGAAGGGUGGUCUGCUAUGAUGACCGGUUCAUAGUAAAACUGGCUUUUGACUCAGAUGGCAUCAUUGUGUCAAAUGACAAUUAUCGGGAUCUUCAGAAUGAAAAGCCAGAGUGGAAGAAAUUCAUAGAGGAACGCCUGCUAAUGUAUUCUUUUGUGAAUGACAAAUUUAUGCCUCCUGAUGAUCCUUUAGGACGCCAUGGUCCAAGCCUUGAAAAUUUCCUAAGAAAAAGGCCUGUUAUUCCUGAACAUAAAAAACAACCAUGCCCUUAUGGCAAAAAAUGCACCUAUGGACACAAAUGUAAAUAUUACCAUCCAGAACGCGCAAAUCAGCCUCAGAGGUCAGUAGCAGAUGAGCUUCGAAUAAGUGCCAAAUUGUCUGCUGUGAAAACUAUGAGUGAGGGAGCUUUGGCCAAAUGUGGCACAGGAUCAUCCAUUUCCAAAGGAGAAAUCAAUUCUGAAGUGAAACGUAUUGCCCCCAAACGCCAGUCAGACCCAAGCAUUAGAUCAGUUGCUGUGGAACCUGAGGAAAGACUGUCAGUAGCUCGGAAGUCAGAAGCCAACUCUGUCCCUUCUCUUGUUUCUGCAUUAAGUGUACCAACAAUCCCUCCUUCAAAAAGCCAUGCUGUUGGUGCAUUAAAUACUCGUUCUGCAAGCAGCCCUGUACCAGGGUCAUCGCAAUUUAGUCAUCAAAAAUCCUCACUAGAACACAUGGCCAGUGUGCAGUAUCCUCCCAUACUGGUCACCAAUAGCCAUGGCACUUCUGUUAGCUAUACAGACCAGUAUCCCAAAUAUGAAUCUUUAGGAGACCAUGGCUACUAUUCCAUGCUCAGUGAUUUCUCCAAUUUGAGCAUAAGCAGUAUGCGUAACACAGAUUAUUAUGGGGCUGAUGCAGACCAAGGGAUGUACUCUAGAAAUUCAAGCCCCUGUCCUGACAAUCGCUUAAGCCAUACAAGUAAUGAUUCUUAUUCCUCUUAUAAUGAUUUGUAUCUGGGUGUAGCAGAUGCCAGGGCCGAAGACAAUGUGAAGGUCCACAGACUUUCAUCCCAAAAUCGUCUUCAGCCUUUUUCCCAUGGUUACCAUGAAGCCUUAACUAGAGUUCAGAGUUAUGGAACUGAAGAGCCUAAACAACUCCCUCGCAAACAGUCUGUUUCCCAUUUAGCACUGCAUGUCCAGCAUCCAGUUGUUGGAGCACGGUCCAGUUGUCCAGGAGACUACCCAGUGCCUCAGAAUGUUCAUCCAUCAGCCACUGCACAGCCAAGCCGUGCCUUGGUCAUGACAAGAAUGGACAGUAUUUCUGACUCACGGCUUUAUGAAAGUAACCCUAUGCGGCAGAGAAGGCCACCCCUCUGUCGAGAGCAGCAUGCUAGUUGGGAUCCAUUACCAUGUGCUGCUGAUACUUACGCUUACCACUCCUAUCCACUAAGCAACAAUCUCAUGCAACCAUGUUAUGAACCUGUAAUGGUAAGAAGCAUGCCUGAAAAGAUGGAGCAACUCUGGAGGAAUCCCUGGAUUGGGGUAUGUGGAGAGCCACAGGAACAGCAUAUUAUUCCAGAACAUCAGUAUCAGACAUACAAGAAUCUCUGCAAUAUUUUCCCUGCUGGUAUUGUCCUCUCGGUAAUGGAGAAAAAUCCCCAUAUGACAGACGCACAACAGCUGGCAGCUAUGAUUGUUGCCAAAUUGAGAACAGGGCGUUAA